AUGUGGAGCUACCUGUUCUUGCUACCAAUCAUCCUAGCUCUAUGGGCUAUCGCUGGCAUCUGGAUUGUUUUUGCAAUUGCCGUGGGUAACAGAUCUGUGGAUCUCCAGAAAGGCUUCCCCUUUAUCAGUAACUGUGGGUCUUACGCUCCUCAGAGCUGCAUUUUCAGCCAAGUACUCAAUACAGGAGCUGCCCUAGCUAUUUGGAUCUGCAUUGUGCGCUAUCAUCAACUCCGGGACUGGGGCGUAAAAACAUGGCAAAACCAGUUGAUUCUGUGGUCGGGACUCCUUUGUGCCCUGGGAACCUCCAUAGUGGGCAAUUUCCAGGAGAAGAACCAGAAGCCCACACACCUGGUAGGAGCUUUUCUGGCCUUCAUCCUGGGCAACCUGUAUUUCUGGCUACAGUUCUUUCUGUCCUGGUGGACGAAGGGCCUGCCCCAACCUGGGCCCCGCUGGAUUAGGCUUCUCCGCCUGAGUUUCUGCAGCCUCACCACCAUCCUCAUCGUGGCCAUGAUCAUCCUGUACUCCCAACGGAUGCGUUCUGCCUCUGCUGCCUGCGAGUGGGCGGUGGCCAUGCUGCUCUUUGUGCUAUUUGGAUUCUUUGCCGUGGACUUUUCCAGCUUGCGGGGCUGCACCUUGCACUUAGAGCCCCAACUGGACUGCAGCCUCCCACAGACUCCCACUGAGUCUCCAAAUGCACAGAUGUCACAGAUGCUCUGACUAGGCCCUGCACUAUUGGCAGAGGAAGAAAGAUGGGGCCAACCCAGGCUCACCCAACAAUGAGCUGGAGGCUGAGGUGGACAGUCUGCCUGAUGGACGCACACAGAGUGGACUGGUGCUCACCACUUAGAGGGGCAGCAUCAUGGUACCCACCUGUCCCAUGACUGGAAGCACCCCAGGAAUUGAGAGGCGAAGGCCAGCCAGCUGUCCCUGAUCAAGGCUAUUUAUUAAUUUUGUUGUUGUUGUUGUUGCCGCCGGUGGAAUCAGACAGACGCAGGCAGGAUCAGGCAAAACCAGAACCAGAAUUCCUUC